GCAGAGAGUCUCAUCCGCGUGUAGUUCAUGUAACACUGUGACUAUUUGAACUGUAUUUCCCGUCAUAUUAAACCACAUUUGGCCGGCCGUCCGCCUCCAACCAUACGUCCCUGCCCGCUGUAACAUGGUGAACGCGGAUGAAAUCGCCAGGCUGUGCUACGAGCGGUUCAACCAACUUCCCCGGAGAGGGAAGCCAGAGCCGGGCAGAGAGUGGACCCUGCUGGCCGCGGUGCUCAGAGUCACCCGGUGUGCUAACUCUGACACAGUUGAAAAGGAGGUUGUUUCUCUGGGAACUGGGACCAAGUGUAUUGGACAGACAGCUAUGAGUCCCAAAGGUGACGUACUUAAUGACAGCCACGCAGAAGUCAUUGCUAGAAGGGGAUGUAUCAGGUACCUGAUCCAGGAGCUGCACAGGGCUGUGAGCGGUGGGCACAGCGCUGUGUUUUGUCAGGCUGAUCAGUGUGGGAAAUGGAAGCUUCAGCCGGGAGUCUCCUUCCUCUUCUUUACCAGUCACACUCCCUGUGGAGACGCCUCCAUUAUUCCCAUGACUGACAGCCAGGCUCAGCCCUGCCCUCCUGUCACAUCUGUAAAGGGCCAUGGAUGGACUGAUGGAAGAGGAGACCUGAAAAGGAAAGCUGAGGAACCAAGUGAAAGGAAAAAUACUAAACUGCCCCGUCUGGAGGAACAUGAGACAGCCGGGACAAAGCUAGAGGACAGAGGAGACCCAAAACAAUCCUUCCUUUCAAAUUCAUCUAAAAGAGACGAUCCAGCACAGAAUCGCUCUACAAAAACAUUUGUGGAAACUGUCUCAGAAGAUGCACCACAGGUGGAGAUAAAACGUAGAGACCCCUCUGACGGUGCUGGACUGCGUCCACAGGUCACAGACAUUCACAGAACGGGGGCCAAGUGUGUCCCGGGUGGCCCAGCCGACCCUCUGCAGCCUGGGGUGGGGUACCACAGCACAGGGGUGCUCCGGGUGAAGCCUGGGAGAGGAGAGCCGACUCUGUCCCUCUCCUGCAGUGACAAGCUGGCCCGCUGGGCGGUGCUGGGCUUCCAGGGCGCACUGCUGUCCCACUACCUACAGGGGGCGCUCUACUUCAACACUGUGGUGGUGGGGAAGUGUCCAUGCAGCCAAGAAGUCAUGCACAGAGCUUUGGUCACAAGGUGCUCCGAUGUAUCAGACCUCCCUGCUGGUUUCUCUGUGUGUCCACCCGUGUUGCUCCAGUCCAGCCUGGAGUUUCCCUUCAGCCAGGGCCAGACCGAGCUCCGGCAAAAGGCUGGACAGGGACGUGUGUCCCCCUGCGGGGCAGCCAUCAGCUGGUGUAAUGUGACUGAGCAGCCACUAGAUGUCACUGCCAACGGCUACAAACAUGGAGUCACCAAGAAGGUCCUCGGCACAGCCAAAGCCAGGUCUCUUCUGUGUAAAGUGGAGCUUUUCCAUUCCUUCCUGUCUCUGGUAUCAGCCACUGACCCCUCAGCACUUCCAGACUCUCUCAGGAGAACAGAGCUGCAGACCUACUGGGACUACAAGCAGGCAUCCCAGUCGUACCAGCAGGCCUGGCAGCAGCUACACAGCCAGGCCUUCCCUCUGUGGCCACGCAGUGACAGAGAUCUCCUGCUCUUCCGCUGAAAGCCUGCUCUCUGCAGCUGAAAUGUCCCUGUCAGGAUGAAAAAGUGGCUUUGUUGAAGCAAGAACAAGGAGGUCACAGGUCAGAAUAACUGCUGCUCUGCAAGUAUUGUGUUUCUUAGAGAAACUCCCAUUUCAAACAAAAGAUGUCAGUAACGUACAUACUGGUGAAUAAGAAAUACAUAGUUCAUCAUGUCACACUAUCAA